AGUAUGGCUACGCCACUUCCGACAGAAACAGAAGGAUGUCAAUGGCUGCGGAAUAUGAACACGGCUCCGCCAAAUAUAUUUAUUCUGUUGUGUUUUUUUGUUUAUUUAAUAUUGUAUAGCUAAAAUUCAGAUAUGUCGGAAUCGCCAGAUACGCGCAGUUUGGUUUCUGCGUCUUCCCAGCUGAAUUUAAUGGACAUAGACGCGAUUGAUGACAAAGAGUUUGAUAUCCCUCAAGUGGACACUCCUCCCACGUUGGAAAGCAUUCUGAAUGAGCCGGAGGAUGAGGAGGAGCCUUUUGUCCUGGAAGACACGUACCUGCUCAACACGGAGAACAUGGACGCCCACUCCUGCGAGACGUCCUCCUUGGCCAGCUCCGACAGUGGCGACCGCACGCACCUGAAGAGGAGGAGGAGGCCGGUGGAGAGCACUGCCACCGUACACGGCUCGGUACUCCGGCACAGCACCCUGAAAGGCAUCUCUGCCCAAAUCGUCUCUGCUGCUGACAAAGUUGAUGCCGGGUUGCCCACAGCAAUAACAGUGUCCAGUGUGAUUGCGGUUGGGACGUCACAUGGGCUGGCCCUGGUGUUUGGAAAAGACCCCAGCCAGGCGCUGCGGCUGUGUCUGGGCAGCACGGCGGUGGGGGCGCAGUACGGCGCGGUGUCGGCUCUCAGCAUCAAUCACGACUGCUCUCGCCUGCUCUGCGGCUUCGCUAAAGGACAGAUCACCAUGUGGGAUCUGGCCAAUGGGAAGCUUUUAAGGACCAUCACAGAGGCCCACCCCCCCGGUACUGCCAUCCUGCACGUCAAGUUCACGGAUGACCCAACGCUUGCUGUCUGUAAUGACAGCGGCGGGUCGGUGUUCGAGCUGUCCUUCAGGAGGGUUAUGGGUGUGCGGUCGUGCGAUACCCGCUGUCUCUUUAGUGGCUCGAAGGGGGAGGUGUGCUGCGUGGAGCCCCUGCACUCCAGCCCAGAGCUGAAGGACCACCCCAUCACUCAGUACUCCCUGCUGGCCAUGGCUUCCCUCACCAAGAUUUUAGUGAUCGGGUUGAAACCGUCUCUCAAAGUGUGGAUGACGUUUCCUUAUGGCAAGACUGAUCCAGCCAGCGUUCCACAGCUUGCUUGGCAGUUUGUGGCGGUGCAUAAAGCUGUGAAUCCCAUGCUGGCCUUCUGCAGAGGGGACGCUGUUCACUUCCUGUUGGUAAAGAAGGAGGAGUCGGGUGCUAUCCAUGUCAUCAAACAGAGACAGCUGCACCUCAACUGUGACAUCAUCAGCCUGACCUGGAUAAACUCACGGACCCUGGUUCUGAUGGACAGUGGGGAGAAGCUCCAUGUUGUGGACCGGGCCAGUCAGGAGGAGCUGGAGAGCCUGGACAUGGCGGAGGUGCAGCUGGUCUACAACAGCAGCCACUUCAAGUCUUUGGCCACCGGGGGCAAUGUCAGCCAGGCCCUGGCAUUAGUGGGGGAGAAGGCGUGCUACCAGUCUGUCUGCAGCUAUGGAGGUCAGAUUGUCUAUUUGGGAACUAAGUCUGUCCACAUAAUGACACUAAGAAACUGGCGAGAGAGGGUGGAUUGCCUGUUGAAGCAGGAGAGAUUUGUGGAGGCGCUGUCUCUAGCCUGGUCUUUUCAUGAGGGCACUGCAAAGGCUGUGGUUGGGCUGUUUGGAGACCCUGCUAAGAGGAAAGGAGUGGUGGCUGACAAGAUGGUGGAGAUUCUGUUUCAGUAUGCCGACCGUUCUCUGAAGAAGUGCCCUGAGCAGGGGAAGAUCCAAGUGAUGGAACAGCACUUCCAGGACAUGGUUCCUGUCAUGGUGGAUUACUGUUUGCUGCUGCAGAGGACGGACCUGCUCUUCAAUCAGAUUUAUGGGCGUCUGGUGGAGAACUCGGUCGCCCGGGGGGUGUUCCUGGAGAGCCUGGAGCCCUACAUCCUGAGCGAGCGUCUCGGCUGCUUGACCGCGCCCGUCAUGCGGGACCUGCUCGGUCACUUCCAGGACAACGGCAUGAUGGACAGCGUGGAGAACUGCCUGGUCCACAUGGACAUCACCAGCCUGGACAUACAGCAGGUGCUGCAGAUGUGUUGGGAGAACCAGCUCUAUGAUGCCAUGAUCUACGUCUUCAACAGCGGGAUGAACGAUUACAUCAGCCCUAUGGAGAGAUUGUUCCAGGUGAUUGGGCCACCGUUGCAAGAGGGAAAGUCUCUGACAGAUGAACAGGUGGUUAUGGGUAAUAAGCUGCUUGUGUAUAUCAGCUGUUCUUUGGCUGGACGAGCCUACCCUCUGGGGGAUAUCCCAGAAGACCUUGUUCCUCAGGUGAAGAACCAGGUGUUUGAGUUCCUGAUCCGUCUGCACUCUGUGGAGACUUCCCAGGAAGAGGAAGUGUACCCCUAUGUCCGCACAUUGCUGCACUUUGACACCCGGGAGUUCCUCAACGUCCUGGCCCUGACCUUUGAGGACUUCCAGAAUGACAAGCAGGCCUUGGAGUACCAGCAGCGGAUUGUGGAUAUUUUAUUAACGGUGAUGGUGGAGAACUCAGACUUCACCCCCUCCCAGGUGGGCUGUCUCUUCACAUUUCUGGCCCGGCAGCUGGCCAAGCCUGACAACACCCUCUUUGUCAACAGGAAGCUCUUCGACCAGGUCCUGGAGUUUCUCUGUAGCCCAGAUGAUGACUCCAGACACACAGAGAGGCAACAGGUGUUGCUGGAACUUCUUCAGGUGGGGGGCAUUGUCCAAUUUGAUGAGAGCCGACUCCUCCACCUGGCUGAGAAGGCCGAGUUCUACCAGAUCUGUGAGUUCAUGUAUGAGAAGAAACACCUGUAUGACAAAAUCAUCCCCUGCUACCUGAAGGAUCCACUCCGAAAGGAGGAGAUAUUCAACUACGUCCACAACAUCCUGUCCAUCCCGGGCUACGGGCCAGAGGAGAAGCGGUCCGUCUGGGAGGAGGCUCUGGAGCACAUGCAGGAGCUGGUGGCCAUUGACCCUGCCAAAGCAGCAGACCUGGUCUCUGUGCACUUCUCUGAGGAGGUGCGCCCUAUCGUUGACAAGCUGGAGGAUGAUUCCUUGGUGUUCCAGUUUAUAAAGUGUCUACUAGACCCAAGGGAAGGCCCUAAUCCCCAGGCCGUCCUGAGACUCAGCCCCGACCUCCAUGAGCUCCACGUGGGACUGCUGUGCCGUUUCAGCCCCCGCCAGGUCGUCGACUUCCUGAAGGUCUCUCAGGACUACAGACUUGAAGAGACCAUCCAGAUCACAGAGCAGUACAGCCUCCAUGAGGCCACGGCCUACCUGCUGGAGAAGAAGGGAGACGUCCAUGGAGCUUUCCAAGUUCUGCUGCAGACGCUGAAGGACAAACUCGUCAUCCUCACCCAAGAGAGUCAAACUAACACAGAGGAGGAGGAGGAGGAGGAGGAGCAGCUUCCACUGCAGAGGGUGGAGGCGGCGCUGGGUGACAUCAUCUCUCUGUGUCACAGGAGCUCUCAUAGCCUCAACCAGCAGCAGAGAGAGGCCCUCUGGUUUCCUCUUCUUGAGGCGAUGAUGUCACCACAGAAGCUCCUGAAGGGGCCAACCUGGCGGCACACGUCAGAAGCCCUGAAGGAGCUGACCAUGCAGGUCCUCAACAGCAUGACGAGCUUCAUCGCCCUGCCCGCCAUCAUCCAGCGCAUUCUGCAGGACCCAGUAUAUGGGAAAGGCAAGCUGGCUGAAAUCCAGGGACUGAUUCUGGGCAUGCUGGACACCUUUAAUUAUGAACAGACGCUGCUGGAGACCACCACCAACCUGCUGAACCACGACCUGCACUGGUCCCUGUCGCACCUGCGGGCGGUGGUGAGUCGCGGUCUGCACCCCCGGCAGGACCACUGCAGCAUCUGUCUGCAGCAGUACAAGCGUCGGCAGGAGGCCCAGGACGAGAUCAUUAUCUUCAGCUGCGGGCACCUCUACCACUGCCAGUGCCUGCAGAGUAAGGAGUGCGGGGUAGCGGGGGAGAGGCUGCACGGCUGGAGCUGCUACAAGUGCAUGUCCGGCCAGGGCGGCCGUGGCGGAGAGAGGAACGCCGCGAGCGGCGGGCGGAGCCGCAGCACGUCCCUCGCACAGACCAAAGUCACUUCUGCUCAUCGAGGUUCCUGGGGUGACGCUACUGGGAGAAAGAUGUUUAAGGAUGCCACAUUGGACGCCCAGCAGAGCCAGUCCUGGGAGCAGCUGAGAUGUAUGUACAGAGGUCCCUCCAGGUUGGCGAUCUUCAGCGAAUUGUCCCAUUCUCGUGGCAACGAGAAGUCCAGCCUCCUGAACCCCUCACAGCCCAGCUCUGGGAGCAUUUUCCACAGCGAAAACUUCCAGCUCAAACUCUCCCCUCCUCCGCUGAUCGAGGAGUAGAGACCCUGUCCUGCAUUGUUACAUUGCUAAUAAACCACUCAUCUUUA